ACAGGAAGUGAUUCACCUAGCAGCCUUUCUAUUAGUAUGCGAAAGCUGGCGAUAGUAACCGUUGACCGUAAAUAUGAAUAUUAACAGUCUAUGGUAGUAACACUGGGAUUCAUCUUUACUAAGCGUUGUGUUUGUCCGUGUAUCGCUGGAGGCGGGAAAGCACCAAGGAAUAUCGCGCUACUGCUUCAAAGUUCCAGUUUGAUGGGUGCAGAUGCAGGAGACCAGUGAGGCCCGCAGCCUGGAUGAUGAUAUGGUGGAGGGAGACCUGGGGGACGGGAUGGGAGUCAAAGCAGCACCCAACUCCACCAGGAAGAAGAGCCAAAGCUUUGUAGGACUCACAGAGACGCUGCUGUCCCGAACAGAGCCGGGAGAGGCGGCCUGGAUCCCCGGACUGAAGACUGCAGAGACACAGCAGCAGAGAGCCCGCUGGAAGCUGCCACUCUCCGCAGGCACCCUGGUUGACCUGUCAAAAGACGAGCUGAAAGACCGACUACAGGAAGCCACUGAGGUGAUAGACGUUUUAUGCUGUGAGCUGGAGGUGGCACAUCGGUACCUUGAAGGCAAAUACGAAGCUCUGAAGAUCUUACAGGGGAAGGCCAUUCUUGACAAAGCCACGAGUCACACUAAAAGUCUGCUGCAGAAAAGUGAGGCGAGGGCCAAAGCUCUGGAGAAGGAGGCGAACAGCUUGCAGUGGGAACUCAGCUUCAUCCAGGUCCAGAUGAAGAAGUCUCAACAAUCCUGGGAGCAGAAAUACAACAGAAUUUGGAGUGAGAACAAGACUCUGACCGACAAACUGGAGGAGAGAGAGAGAGAGAUCCAGAAGCUCCGGGCAGAACAUUCCACUCUUAGUCGGCAGUGCGUGGAGCUUCUCUCCAUGCUGAGUGUGAAGGAGCAGAGAACUUACCAAGAAACCAAACCUCACUACAGCCCAGAGAGAGACGCAAGUCUUCUGGAGCUGGCAGUUUUGGGGGCGUGCCGGUGUCUCGGUGCUGCUGACGCGUGUCUGUGCAGUCGUGCCGCGGCUGGCAGCAGGAAGCAGCUGGUCCAGCUCCAACAGGAGCUGGAUGCACAGCGUCUGAAGAGAGAGGAGGCGUGGAUGGUCGCCGAUGCUUUUCGCAUCGCCUUUGAACAGCAGCUGAGGAAACGGAGUGAGCACUUCCUCCUGCUGGCUGAAGCCAACAUCCUGAAGUCUAAUCAGGGCAAAGCUGAAGGUGCUAACAGCAGUCCUUUAAUCAGUGUAAGCCAGAGGUUGAGAGGAUUGCUGCCAUCCAAGAUGCCUGAGACUGAGACCGAGACUGAGACUGAGACUCUCUACCGACUGCUGGACUUGCUGAAUGACAAGGAGGAGGCCCUGGCCCACCAGAGGAAGGUGAGCAUCAUGUUAGCCCACAGUGCAGACGAGCUACAGAGACAGUUGCAUCUGGAUUCACAUUGCCGGCCAGCAGACCCAUCAGAGAACCAGAACCAGCAAAGUUCUAAUACAUCAGAGUCGAAGAUACAAGCCCAAGUCUCAUCAGAGUCCAACAUCCAUGCACAGCAACAGCUGCCAGAUUCCCAGCAUCAGCCGGGACACCCAGCGCGUCUGUCAGAGUCCAGGACUGAACCACAGGAGCUGUCAGACCCAUCGCCGUCCAACAGCCAGCCACAGUCCAACCACAAAAACCACAAGUCUGAAAUCCAAAAAUCCGACCAACCAGAGUCCUGAUCCAGACAGCAGACUCCUGUCUCAGACAGAGACGCAGCAGUCAGGGUAUUCUAAAAUAGGAGGACGUGGUUUUGGCAUACACCACCUGGCUCAAUGCAAACGCCUAGUUCAAAAAAAGACAAUGUUGUGCACAUCCAUGUAGUUGCUGAUGCAUGACAAAAAAAAAGAAUGUUCAAAGAAAAGUGAGUGAAGUCCA